GGAGGGAGUUAGAGGACGGACAGCAGCAGCUGGAGAGCCGUGGGACAGCUUCCAGUAUGAAAAUGCUAUGUAUUGAAGAAGAAGCGUUAGGCCAAGAAGAAUUCCUUUAUUGCUGUGGGGCUGCUACUCAGCUGCUAAAGUUUGGAUCCCUUGAUUGUUGGCUGAAAGGUGGAUCAAGUAAUUCUUCCAAGGUGUUAUUCCUCAUUAUUCCAGGGAACCCGGGGAUAGUGUGUUACUACAAGCCCUUCAUGCAGAUCUUAUACAAGAUUCUCAACCAGAAGUAUCCCAUCUGGGCCAUAAGCCACGCAGGCCACUGUGUCCCCCCAGAAGACAAAGAGAUGAUGGAAGACCUUGAGCUAGAGGAUGUCUUUGGAUUGAAUGGACAAAUAGAACAUAAAUUAACUUUCCUGAGGAAAAAUGUCCCAAAGGAUAUCAAGCUUGUGCUGAUUGGCCAUUCUAUUGGUUGUCAUAUGAUACUAGAAAUGAUGAAGCGUGAACCCAAAUUACAGGUUCUGAAAGCAGUGUUACUUUUCCCAACAAUUGAACGCAUGGCCGAGUCACCACAAGGCAAGCUUAUGACACCAGUACUUUGCAAACUUCGCUUCCUGAUGUAUGUUCCAAUCUACUUCCUUUCUUUUCUGCCAGAAAGCGUCAAGGCCUCAUUGGUGAGGUGGGCGCUGCAGGGCCUACAGUCCCUGGAUGAAGCUACUGUCUCUGCCACUCUUAAUCUCUUCAAUGUGGAUUGUGCAGCUAACGCCAUGUAUAUGGGAAGCCAGGAAAUGAUGCAGGUUGUGCAGAGAGAUGAUUCCACCAUAGGACGGUAUUUGAACAAGCUUAUCUUUUACUAUGGAUAUAAUGAUCACUGGUGCCCAGUCAAGUAUUAUGAAGGUAUGAAGAGAAGCUUUCCUGACGGGACCAUUCAUCUCUGCCAAAAAGGAAUUCGUCAUGCUUUUGUUUUGGAUGCCAAUGUAGAGAUGGCUCAAAUGCUUAUAGACUGGCUAUGUACAGAUCUAGCAAAAAUGUAACAGAGCGGUAGUCUGUGUAUACUGUAAAAUAUAAAUGUUUUUUAAAUGACAUAAUGUAUGACACAUUACAUACUUUUGUAAGUCUGAUACGUUUUAGAAUUGAACUACAACUAGCUUAUUUAAGCAAAAAUAAGCUAAAUUUUAGAUAUAUCUCCCAGAAAGGGCUUGGAAAAUAAUUUACUAGAAUGAUUUCUUGGUUACAGCUUUAAAAAUAUUUGUGAUUGCUCUAAUUUUUAUAUCUGCGUACAGCCCCUAUGUAAGUAAAUCUGUUUUAUAUCAGGGUUGUUUUUAUAGGAUAAUUGUUGAUGUUCAGUCAGCUUGUAGUUCAUUAGGUUAGAUUUAAUUUUCAAUCAAAAGAGCAUUGUAGGUUUGUUGCAAAGCAUAGAUGGAACUCUUCCAGAACCCUGCCAAAUACCAGCAAGGGAAACUAUUACAAUAUGCUUUGAAAUCAUUCUGCUGUAUUCAUCAAAUUCACAUUCAUCAGAUCUCACCUGACCAGAAACUUGUCAAGACCAAAUUAGCCAUUAAGAUAUUUUCAGUAGCAAGAAGCAUUGUGCAAUUGUGUCUGGUGUUUGUUACAGGCACUGACAGUUGUCUAAAAUAAAAUAAAAUACUGCAGCAAUAGUGCUGAUAAAGAUUUAUUUCCUCCUGGAGCAGCUAUACUUCAAAUAAUGCCCAGUAGAACUUGGGCUAUUGUCUUUCAUAUCGCUACUAAAAAAAGAAAUUAUGUUUAUUGAGGAUCAACCAUAAAAAUUUGUGUAAACCACAAAUAAAUGAAGUAAUUUUUGACAUUG